AGGCACCUGUAUACAGGAAAUCAAAGAGAUAAAAUCUUCUCUCUCUCCUUCAUUCAUCAUUCCAAAAGCAAAAGCAAAAGUGUGAAUUAAAGGGCGAAACCCAGACAAACAAGGCUGCAAGAGAUAAUACUCCACUAAUAAAGAGCAGAAAUUAAGAGUGAAGAAGCUUUUCUUGUGCGGCGGAGGAGCAAUGAUGCAGACGCAGAGGACCCUUGAAAACCAGCAAUCGAUGCAGUCGGGCCAGAUUUCCGGGAGCCUCAGCUUCAACGGCGCUCUCACCAAGGAAGACGAGGAGAUGUCCAAAUCCGCUCUCUCCACUUUCCGGGCCAAGGAGGAGGAAAUCGAGAAGAAGAAGAUGGAGGUUAAGGAGAAAGUUCAAGCUCAGCUCGGCAGAAUUGAAGAAGAAACCAAGCGUUUGGCCGUCAUCCGUGAGGAAUUAGAUGCCCUCUCAGAUCCAAUGAAGAAGGAAGUCUCCUUUGUUCGCAAGAAAAUUGAUUCUGUGAACAAAGAAUUAAAGCCGUUGGGCCAGACUUGCCAGAAGAAGGAAAGGGAAUACAAAGAAGCUCUAGAAGCGUUCAACGAUAAGAACAAAGAGAAAGUACAACUAAUCACUAAAUUGAUGGAGCUGGUGAGUGAAAGCGAGCGGAUGAGGCUGAAGAAGCUGGAGGAGCUGAGCAAGAACAUAGAAACGAUACGCAUUGCCUAAUGCUGGUUGACCCCUCUCAUCUCUGAUUUGGAUCUUGUGUGAUGUAUUUAAGAUAAAAGUCAUUUCCUAUUUAAUAUAUUUUGGUGUUUCUUGGGUUUGGUUGUAUUCUAAGUUUUUUAAAAUAUUGUUUGUUGAGUUAGCUGUUGAUGGAAGGUGUUCUAAUUUUAGGAAGGGUAACUCCUUAAACAGGUUUGUAACUAAAACAGGUCUGAAAAACUAUGUAUUCAUCUAAGUUCUUUUCUCUC